AUGGAUCCGAAGUACAAGCUAUCUGAUUUUGAAGGUGAUCUCUUACCAGCUGAAUUUCAAUAUAGAAGACUCAUUGGUCGUCUCUUAUACUUGGCAAUAACCAGACCCGAUAUUACUUAUGCAUUACACAAAUUAAGCCAAUUUCUAAAUAAGCCUAAAACACAUCAUUUACAUGUUGCAGCUCAUCUUCUUCGAUUUAUAAAGUCAAAUCCAGGUCAAGGCUUAUUUUUUUCUACAAACAGCUCAUUACAAUUGAGAGUUUUCGGUGAUGCUGAUUGGGCAGGGUGCAAAGCAACAAGAAGAUCAGUUACUAGUUUUUGUGUCUUUAUCGGAGAAUCACUCAUUUCUAGGAAAGUCUAA